AUGGCCUUUGAAGACCGUACAACUAAUCUCACAGCCCUGGCCACCGUCGCCACUCUGUUUGUGUCCAUGUUCAUUUACGGUAUCCAGAAGCUCCAGGAGAUGAUGGUGUACCCGUCCAAUGUCCCUGAAGGCUCACGUAGCCAUGUGGAUACUCCAGCCAAAUACGGCAUUCCAUUUGACGAUAUCAAAAUCACCACUCCUGAUGGCGAGACUCUACAAGCAUAUAUCAUGGUUCAGCCGGAAGAAGAUGAAGAUGAAGAUGAACAACCUACGCGCAAAACAGUAGUCAUGUUUGCACCCAACGCGGGGAAUAUCGGUCACACUUUGCCCAUUGCUGAAAUUCUUUACAAACAAAUGCGAUAUAAUGUCGUCACCUUUUCAUACAGAGGCUACGGGUUAUCAACGGGGAAACCGUCUGAGGCAGGAAUUAAGAUUGAUGCUGGUAGUGUGCUACGGUAUUUGCGGGAUCAUCCAGUCAUUAAACAAACACGACUUGUUCUUUAUGGUCGUAGUUUGGGAGGAGCUGUUGCCAUUUACUUUGCCUCGCUUCCUGAGGCUUCAGGCUUUGUAUCUGGGAUUGUUUUGGAGAAUACAUUUUUAUCAAUUGUUAAAAUGAUUCCUGAAGUUGUAUCAUUAUUACGUCCUCUUUCAUUUUUAUGUACCCAGAAAUGGGACUCGGAAACAACAAUUGCCCUUGUUCCAAGCGAUAUUAAGCUUUUGUUUCUAUCAGGUAAAAAAGAUGAGCUUGUACCACCAGCACAUCACAAGAAAUUGUUUGAUCAAUCGCGCGCAAAAGUCAAAUAUUUCAAGUCACUACCUGAAGGUCACCAUAAUAAUACAGUAGUGCAGCCCAAUUAUUGGACUUAUUUUUAUGGAUUUGCAGCAAAGUGUGAUCCUCGCGAAGACGUGCGAUCAACAUCUGAGGGAUUGCGUGUUGGUGAUUCAUUGACACAAGAAGAGCUGGAUGAGUUUCUACGUGAUGAUGAAAAUGGUAAAGUGACGGCGGUCAAGACAAGUGAUAAGACCCAAUGGAUUCCUCUUUCUAAUGAAGAUGCUGUCAAGGCCGCUUCAAUCACCAACAUUAAGGACGUUUUGUAG